CAUCAACAGGAGUAUCGUUGAAUGAUAUACUUCACACUGAAGCUAAGCUUCAAAUUGCCUUAAUUGAUGUUUUGAUAUGGUUCCGACAGUUUCGUUAUGUCUCCUCAUCAGAUAUUGAAAAGAUGUAUCGACAAAUCCAAGUCCAUCCCGAUGAUUGGGGUCUACAGCGAAUCUUAUGGAUUAACAAUUCUCAAGAUAUUGUCACUUAUCAACUUACUACUGUGACGUAUGGCCUUGCCUGUGCUCCUUUUUUUGGCACUUCGAACGCUAUUGCAAUUAAUUACAGACGAAGGCGCUAAAUUUCCCCUUGCGAUUCAAAUUUUGAAGAAAGGACGGUACGUCGAUGAUAUAUUUGGAGGAGCUGAUUCCGUUCAACAAGCUCAAGAAAAGGUUCAUCAAGUAAACCAACUCUGCAUGGCGGCCGGCUUUCCUCUUCAAAAGUGGAGUAGUAAUAACCCGUUGGUCCUUCAGUCAAUACCGCCGGAAAAAAGAAUUAACUUAUCAUCGUUACCUAUCAAAGAGGAUACUGUUAUUCAUACAUUAGGGCUAUCCUGGAAACCAACCUAUGAUACGUUUCAUUUUACGGUUAAGACACCUUCAACAAAGAUUAUUACUAAACGAACCCUGUUAUCGACCAUAGCACAACUAUUUGAUCCACUUGGGCUAGUCUCUCCUGUGAUAAUCAAGGGUAAAAUUUUCAUUCAAGAACUUUGAUCAAUUAAACUUGAUUGGGAUGAUCCCUUGCUAACGCAGUUAGCUGAUAAAUGGAUUGUUUUUGUCACACAACUUCAAGAAUUAGCUUCUCUUUCAUUCCCCCCAUGGUUGGGUAUUAAAAAGGAUUUUCCAAUUGAAAUCCAUGGAUUUUGCGACGCAUCUCAACAAGCCAUAGCUGCAGCAGUAUACUUACGAUCCAUUAAUGAAACUCGCACCACUAACUGUGUCUUGGUCUGCUCCAAAAUUAAAGUGGUACCGUUGAAGCGGUUGACCAUUUCUCGUUUAGAACUCUCCGGAGCAGUUUUAUUAACAAAACUCGUUGCACAUGUCAUUAACGUGCUAAAUUUCGAUAAAGUACCUAUUUAUUUAUGGACAGACUCCUCUAUAGUUUACACAUGGAUCAACAAUCAUCCCUCACGAUGGAAGGAUUUUGUUCACAAUCGCGUUUACCUUAUUCAAGAAACUUUACCAUAAGCCAAAUGGAGAUUUGUUCCGGGCACUGAGAAUCCAGCAGAUUACGCAACUCGUGGAUUAACACCGAAUCAACUCUCUCAACAUUCCAUGUGGUGGACUGGACCGCAGUGGCUUAGCCUAAAUUCUUCAACUUGGUCAAUUGAAUCUAAAUUACCUUCUGUCAAGGAUAAUCUUGAAGAACGUUCGAGUGAAAUCUUAACUGUAUCUAAAAAUGAACCGAAAGAACUUUGGGAUUUACUCCAUCGUUAUUCAAACAUAACUAAGCUAUUGAGAAUUACCGCUAUAUGCCAACGAGUCAUCCUUCGCUUCCGCAAGGUUUCAGGAUCAUCUCUAAAUUAUCCAUUAACUCGUGGAGACUUAGAAGUUGCAAAAGGUUAUUGGAUUAAGGCUGUUCAACGCUCAUCAUUCCAUCAAGAAAUCAAUAUUCUGUCACAAGGUCAAUCUCUUCCAAGCUCUAAUUCACUCAUACGAUUAACACCAUUUGUCGACUCUUCCCGUUUCCUGCUAGUCGAAGGUCGCCUUCAAUCAGCACUUUUACCUCUAAAUGCAAAACAUCCCUUGAUACUUCCCAAGGAUUCUAUUUUAACAAAGCUGAUUGUAUCUGAUGCUCAUAUUCGCAUCCUUCAUGGAGGAAGUCAAGCAACGUUGGGAUUUAUCCGAAACGACUACUGGAUUCUAGGAGGCAGAGCACCUGUUCGCUCCUUUAUACUCAAAUGCGUACGAUGUGCUCGAUAUAGACAAAAGAGAGCGCAACAAUUAAUGGGACAACUUCCCUACACAAGAACUACCCCAUCUCGUCCAUUUCUCCACUCUGGCAUUGAUUAUGCAGGACCUCUUAUGCUCAAAACCUGGGAAGGGCGAGCUGCCAGAACCUAUAAAGCUUAUAUAGCAUUAUUUGUCUGCCAUUCUACUUCUGCUGUUCACUUAGAGCUCGUUACUGAUUAUACCGCUGAAGCAUUCUUAGCCGCAUACAAGAGAUUUUCUUCCCGCCGAGGAAUCUGUGUCACCUUAUCGAGUGAUUGUGGUACGAAUCUUAAAGGAGCCGAUUUUGAGUUACAAAAUCUUUUUUGUUCAGCAUCAAAUAAAUGGAAACAUCUUGCUUCACUACUUGCGAAUGAUGGUACGCAGUGGAAGUUUAAUCCACCAGGUGCUCCUAACUUCGGAGGGAAAUGGGAGGCAGGAGUAAAAUCGGUGAAACAUCAUCUUCGAAGAGUCAUUGGAGAACAAACUUUAACCUAUGAAGAAAUGGCAACUCUUCUCACCCAGAUAGAAGCAGUGCUAAAUUCACGACCUCUUUGUCCUCUUACUGAUGAUCCUGAUGAUCUUACUGCUCUUACUCCAGGACAUUUUUUGAUUGGAAACGCACUUGCUAUUAUUCCAGAACCAUCAUUAGAAGAAAUUAAAACGUCUCGUUUGUCUAGAUAGCAACAGAUCCGUCAAAUGCUGGACAGUUUCUGGUCACGAUGAUCUCGAGAAUGCUUACAACAUUAUCAUGCAAUUUAUAAAUGGAAUCGACCUGCUGCACCAAUCAAAGAAGGAUCUCUCGCUCUAGUUGUUGAUGAACGCUACCCCCCUGCAAAGUGGCCUCUUCGCCGCAUCAUUCAAAAUCAUCCUGCAAAAGAUGGUCAUACUAGAGUUGUUACUGUUCGAACACAGACUUCUACAGUUAAGGCAUUAUUCUGGUUUGAAAAUUUUGUUUGGCUUGAUUUUUUUUUUUACAUUUUUCGAAAGUAGAGGUAUGUAGAAUUAUCGCAUAAAAAUUUCAGAACGAUCCGAGCAGUCUAACUAUAUUAUUUUGUUACCUGAACGGUGCUACCUUUAGUACCUGAGCGCGUGCGCCUGACCCUCUUUCUGGCUACCGACUGGUAUGUCCAAGAAGUUUUAAAGCCAGUGUACGAAGACCUGACAAAACCAGAAUUACUUGAAAGAUGUUUAGGUGGCAACACUCAAAAUAAUAAUGAGUGCUUCAACAAAUGCGUUUGGUCUAUGGUGCCUAAACACGUAUUUCAUGGUAAAAAAAUUGUUGAAGUAGCUUGUAAACUGGUAGCUUGUGUUAUUAACGAGGGUUUUGAUCCAAUACUGAAAAUAAUGCACGUUUUGGGGAUAAACCUUGGCCCUAUCGCAGUUAAUUACGCUAGUAACCGCGACAACACACGUGUGCGCUCAGCCAAUCGUUUGAGCGGAGAAUCUUCAAAAGAGGCCAGGACACAACGAAAAAAGGCUAGAGUGGAAGAUAAUGAGCAUUUUUAAGAAGCAGAAGGCAUACUGUAUGGUGCAGGCAUCGCUGAUUAAGGUAAAGUAAGAUUUUUUUGAAAUUUUUCAUCAAAAAAAACUUUAAACGCGUUUUUCUCAAAACAACGUUUUUUCUCCUGGCGAGCACGAUUCCGCCGAAGCCACUGAACCGAUCCUUAUAAAAAUUAAACCACAUAUUCUACAUAUACAUAGUUCUCUCCUAUUCUAUAACCGUGUUGAAAUUUUAAUUUUUACUAUUGUUUUUUACAAAAAUCAAUGAAAAAAAACGCAUUUUUUUUGUUUUUUUUUUUCAAAUCGCUGCCAUUUUGUUUUUUAUUAAUAAAUAUUACUAUUUG